UCGCUCGCCUCAGGGUUCCGUUCUUGUCGCUUCGGAACACAAAGCUUUACAGACCAAAAAUGGCUUCCAUCUCUGCCGUAUUAUCGCCAACGAAUCUCAUCCACAGUUCCAUAAAACCCGCCGAAAUCCUUCUCACAUCAGUCUCAUUUCACCGCCGUCGUACCCAUACCUUCCUCCGCCUAUCUCCCGGUCGCCCCACGAGACUCUUCGCGGCGCUUACUGCUCAGGAUUCCAGUUCAGUGGCGGAAAGGAAAUUGUACGUCGGGAAUAUACCUAGAAAUGUGGAUAAUGAGGAGCUCAAGCGGAUUGUUGAAGAACAUGGGGCUGUGGAGAAGGCUGAGGUCAUGUAUGACAAAUACUCUGGAAGAAGCCGCAGGUUUGCCUUUGUUACCAUGAAAACGGUUGACGACGCAAAUGCAGCAAUUGAGAAACUGAAUGAAGGGCUUGGGUUUAAGCCCCAAUUCGAAGCUCUUGAUAAUUUGGGCUUGGGCCCAAGUCCUAAUUCGAAUCUCUUGAUAGUUUGGGCUUGGGUUUAA